CACAAUUCGCAAGGACAUUGCCGCAACUCACACACCCUCUCAACCCGUCCCCUCUCACACAGCUACCCCCUCAUCCCCCCCCCCCUCGACCCUCACUCAGCUACCCCCUCAUCACCCCUCUCCCACGGCCCCACCACUGCUCUGACCUCCUCUCCCACCCCACCAUACAUUCCUCAUACUGAAGCUCCCCCAACACUCCGCACUUUUGACCUUACUACCAUCGAGGAAGUCUCCAAGAUCCUCUCUGAUGCCCGCCUCACCACCUGCCCCCUCGACCCUACCUCACACAACUCCUACGACCUCCUUCCCCCUCCAUCCUACCUACAGUCCUCCGUCCCCUACACUCCACCACUUACCACAUCUUCAAGUCUC